CUACGCUGCUGUAAUUCACUCCUCGUCCUCUCGUUCGCUCUCUGGCAGGUUUAGUAUUGUCUGCCUUCAAAGAUGCCUCAAGAGCUUCCUGGGUUUUACUACGAUGCGGAGAAGAACAGAUAUUUUCCCAUCAAAGGUCCAAUUCCGGGCUCUUCUCGUUAUUCUUCUUCUUCAGCCACAGCCAGAAAAACAGUGUCAAACUCGAAUCUGGUAACUGAUGCUUGCCAGCACUUAAUUCUUUAUGUAGUCAAUUGUGAGAUAAUGAAUUAUGAAAAUGAAAAUAAUACAUGUUUACUCUUUUGA